AUGGCAGACAACUAUGUCCAUCUUCUUGUUCUGCGGUUCUUGCUCGGGUGGUUCGAAGCCGCUUUUUACCCAGGCGCCAUCUACUUGUUGAGCCGAUCUUAUACGAAGUCCGAGCUCGCGACGCGCCUGGCCAUGUCUUGUCGGAACGAGAGCCUGCACAGCUGGCAAUGGCUCUUUAUUAUCGAGGGAUCGGCAACCUUCCUAGCGGCGAUCGGAGGCAUUUUCCUGCUUCCAGAUACACCUGGCAAGACCCGUUGGCUUACGGCUGAAGAGAAUGCCUGCAGCGUGAUGCGAUUGGAGGAGGACAGCAUGAAUCAAUUGAAGCACGAGACACCGAUCCAAGGCUUGAUGAGCGCCUUGAAAGACUACAAGGUUUGGUUGUUCGUGUUCAUGCAAAACAUGCAUUUUUCAGCCAUGUCUUUUAAUCAAUUUUUCCCAACAAUUGUCAAGACCCUUGGAUACGAUCGUACCACCACGCUGGUCUUCACAUCACCCCCAUGCGUCUUUGCCGCAAUGUUUGCACUGGCCCUAUCCUGGUCCUCUGGACGGGUCGACGAGCGCGCAUGGCACAUUUAUGGUGGCAACGCCCUUGCUGUGGUUGGCUUUGCUGUAGCUUGUGCAACCACAAGUGUGGCGCCCCGAUAUGUCGCCUGCUUCUUGUUCGUCGCUGGCUCAUACUCUACAGGCAGCAUUAUCCUCGGCUGGGCUGCUGCUAAUGUCUUUGACUCCCACGAAAAGAAAGCUGUUACGGUGGCUAUUGUCAACUUUUCUGCAGUCGCAGCAAACAUUUAUACGGCUUACCUAUGGCCUGAUUCUGACAGCCCACGUCUCUUGGUCGGACUCGGCAGCAGUAUUGGACUCUACGUUAUGUGCAUGUUAUCCGCGCCCUUUACCUUGUUUCUGUUCAGGAGGCUCAAUAGACAACGGCUACGGCAGGCUGAUGGGGACUCCGUAAAGCUGUUUGCGACAUAG